AUGUCACCGGAAUCCGAAUCGUCGAGCGAGGGUUCUAGUCCAAGUCGCUCAGUCAAUGUAGGUUCUCACAUAUGCUCUGCUGACCUGGAGCACCUCCCCGACGAUGCAUCCAUAGCCUCACGGACAGGUGACGCUGCCUUGCGCAUCGUCGCCCAGCUCAUCAAGAAUGGAAAGGCCAAACGCAUCGUCGUUCUUGCCGGUGCCGGCAUGUCAACCUCUGCAGGUAUUCCCGACUUUCGAUCCCCGGGCACAGGACUCUACAAUAACCUACAGGCUUUGAAUCUGCCUCACCCGCAAGCGGUCUUCGAGCUGGGCUACUUUGUGGACAAUCCCAAACCUUUUUGGACGCUGGCGAAAGAGCUCUAUCCGGGGAAGCAUUUUCCCACUCCCGCGCACUACUUUCUCGCCCUCCUCGCCAAACACAACGUCCUCGAAAAGGUCUUCACCCAAAACAUUGACACGCUCGAACAACUCACAGGCAUGGACCAAGACCUUAUCAUCGAAGCCCACGGGUCAUUUGCCACAGCUCACUGCCUCGCAUGCCGUGCCGAGUCGUCCACGGAGCAUGUCCUGAAGUCCGGCGUGAGGCGAGGAGAAGUCGUGCGAUGCCCCAAAGCGCAUUGUGAAGGCCUCGUCAAACCUGACAUUGUCUUCUUCGGUGAGGGCCUGCCAGAAGCCUUCUUUGAUGCCAUGCCAUGUAUGCGUCAAUGCGAUCUCUGCAUAAUCAUCGGCACAUCCCUUCAAGUCCAACCAUUCGCUCGUCUUCCAAAUUAUGCCAGACCACACGUACCGAGGAUCUUGAUCAACCGCGAAGCAGUCGGCUUAAUUGAGAAGCUCGCUAAACCUGAUGGCGAAAAGACCCUAAGUCACAUUCUUGCUGGUCUGAGUCUGCUCGAAGACACCCGCCCGACGGACAUGUUCUAUCAGGGCGACGCCGACGACGCCGUUCGCAAGCUUGCCGAGGAGAUUGGCUGGGCUGAUGAGCUCGAGCAGAUGAUACAGGAGGGGCAUGCGGCGCUAGCGGCAAAGUGGGGUCAGGCCGUGCCAUCGACGCCAUACGAGUCAUCAGGCGAACCCGAGAUCCAAGAUGACGGCAAAGUACCAGCCGACGAGAUACAAAGCCUCCAAUCCCUGCUGAAAGACGCCCUCACCAAGCGCCACACGCAAGACUCUCCCGACAGGUUGUAA